AUGGAGUUAUGGUUUUGGAUCCUUGGUUGGAUUCUGUCUAUCCUGACGAUAGCUGGAAAUGGUUUCAUUGUUUUCCUUGUGUGCAAAAAAAGGCAGCUCCGCACCAAAACCAACGCCUUCAUUGUCUCACUUGCAGUGGCUGAUUUCUGUGUUGGAGUGAGCGUCGUUCCUUCCUUCUUCAUUUGCGACAUUACAGGAGGCUGCGAUUGGCCUACAGGAAACCGUCCUUUAUGGACAUUUGGUAUAAGAUGGUUGUUUGGUUACGCAUCUGUGAUGAAUUUGUGCAGUUUAGUACUCGAACGCUACAUCGCCAUCGUGAAACCUUUAAAAUAUCUAACUGCUAUGACCAGAUGUCGAGUUGUUAAAAUGAUAAUCUUUUCGUGGACAAUCCCUAUAAUUUUUGUAGUAGGUCUGCUAUUAAUUUUGUCAAGAAUUUCAGCUAUGUUUUUUGUAAGUAUUUUUGCUAUUUUGGUAGAGUUUUUCUCAUGUUCUAUAUUAAUUUUCUGCACCGCUUCGAUAAUACGUGUUGUUUAUAAGCAAGAUAGAGCAGCACCUAGCUUAGGAAAAGUGAGACGAUUUAGCCAACAUCGUGACAAGUCUGCGAUUGUAAUGAUGACAAUUGUUGUAGGCUUGUUUCUUAUUUGUUACGGCGUAUAUUUUCGCUGUAGUUUU